AUGCGCAAACGUCAGAGCAUGCACAUUCUUGACCUAGAGGCUAAACUCGAUCAACUCGCUUCCGAAAACCGUUACCUACAGGAUGCCAUCGAUCAGACACCUCCUGCUCCUCCAUCAGUUGAUGACAACGUCGAACUCCAGGAUAUGCUUAGAGCACGUGAUUUGCAGCUCCAAGAGAAGGAUGCUGAGAUCAGGCAAUUCCGAUCAUUACUUGAGCCCUUGCAACGAGAACUCGCGAAGCUGACUGAUGUCAACAACAACCUCUCCGAAGUCAAUCGUAGCUUCACGGCUAACAAUGACAUCCCUUACGCUACCUUGCGGACGGAACAUGCAUCUGCUCACAAGCAGUUACAACACACGAGUCAGGAGCUCGAAGGUCUCAAGAGACAACAUCAUGAACUUAAUGAUAACAUGGAAGACAUUGUCCGACAAGAAAUUGCCAAUGCAUUGGAAGACAAGAAUGCUGAGAUUAGAAAGCUGCGCGAGGAGCUCGAUGUGGCUAGCCAGCAGAUCCGACUUCUUCAAAGCCAGAUUCUUGCGUCUAAGGGGGACAACUACCUGACGACCCGCGAUGAGGAUUACUUCGAUACCUCGUGCCAGAAGCUCUGCCAGCAUGUUCAGCAAUGGAUCUUGCGCUUCUCCAAGUACUCCGACAACCGCAUGUGUCGCCUGACUUCAGACUUGACCGACGAGAAGAUCGCAGCUAGGCUUGACAAUGCCAUUCUGGAUGGAUCCGAUGUUGAUAAACUACUCGGAGACCGUGUUCGUCGACGCGACGUCUUCAUGUCUGUAGUCAUGACUAUGAUCUGGGAGUAUGUGUUUACGAGAUAUCUCUUCGGCAUGGAUAGGGAACAGCGACAGAAGCUCAAGUCGUUGGAGAAGAUACUCUCCGAAGUUGGUCCUCCACGCGCAGUAGCACAGUGGAGAGCAACUACCUUGACACUCCUGUCACGCCGACCAGCCUUCGCCACUCAACGCAAUCUCGACACUGAAGCCGUGGCUCAAGAGAUCUUCAGCGUAUUGUCUGCCUUGCUUCCACCUCCAGCACAACUCGAAGCACAGAUGAUGUCAUCACUGCGCAAUGUCCUUCGCCUAGCUGUCGAACUGUCCAUCGAGAUGCGCUCCCAGAAAGCAGAAUACAUCAUGCUGCCACCCCUGCAGCCCGAGUAUGAUGCACAAGGCGACCUAGUCCGCAAAGUUCAUUUCAACGCCGCACUCAUGAAUGAACGCUCUGGCGACUACACCAGCAACGACGAACUAGAGCGCACCCAAGCCGUUGUGAAGAUUGUUCUCUUCCCUCUGGUCGUCAAAAAGGGAGACGAUGUCGGCGAAGGAGAAGAUGAGAUUGUGGUAUGUCCUGCACAAGUGCUUGUUGCAGGGUCCAAGCAGGGCAAAAAGGUUGUCAGAGUGUUGAGUGGGGCUAUGGAUAUCGAUAAUCCCAGACGCAGUAAUCAGAGUAUUAUUUCUGGGUUAGAGAGUGGGGGGAUGAUCUGA